CCUUAUGUUUUCACCAUUUAAAUUUUUUUUUUUAAUUUUUCAUGUUAUUUGCGUAGUAAAAAAUUUCGCUCCUUAAAGAUACAUUUGGUUGCAUUUCGCGUCACUCAUGGCCACCAGAAUAAUUCGCCGGGGAAGGAGGAUAAACUGUCUUAACCAACCGAUGUUGAGGAUGUCAAUAUGGCCCCAGCAAACGCUUUCCAACCAGCAGAUGGCUUCUUUAAAAUUUCAGCCGCAGAGGGACUUAAACUUUCCCAAUUGCCCGUGCUAUGAACCGCUCCAUCGGCAUCCGAUAUCCAGACAUCCGAGAAAUCAAAUCAUUUACAUAGGUCGAAAUCCCUACGAGGAAAUCUAAGGAAUAAACAGCUUUGAGGCUUUAAUCAAAGCCUUGACUAGCGGUACUAAAAUUCGGAGUCGUAACAAAUUCUCAGCGUUCCCAUACCUCAUUACCCAUUUAUUUUCGUGUACUAAGUGUUGUCCUACUGUCAUGAGGAGCCUGAGGCGUGUUUUUGCCGCUGCGGCAGUUGCUGAUUUUCGGAAUAUAUCCCCCAAAUUAGGUCCUCCUCUUUCAUGGUGUCCACCUCCACCGCCUUCCACCAACUUUGUCAAGAAUUUGGAAGCAAAGAAGCAGCCUAGAAACUACUUAAGACUAGUAGAGGAUCCCGAACUGCCCAAGUUGAUAAAACUUUAUGAGCGAGUUUGCCGAUGUAGUCCUAAAACUCUAAAUGGUUCUACCAGACUCAGAAGAUCUGAGCUAGAUGGUCCCCCCAAGAAAUCUCGAGAAAAUUAUACCAAAGGUACAAUACGUUCUGUGAAAAUUAAUAACUUUGAAACACCUAAAUUCGACAAAAGUCAAGAACUUACCGCAUCAAAAAGUUCGGAACUUAGUAGUAAGGAUUCUACAAAGCAUAAACGAUUUUUUGAGCAUUAUACUCUUAAGAAAUCCAGGCAAAAAAACAAGAUCCCAAAGCAAACCACAGAUUGUGCAAGUUUAGAAAGAAAUAAAAUUGGGAGUUCUAAAAUCAAAAACCCAAAACAAACCACACGUAAAAAGAAUAUAAAAAAUGUUAAAAUAGGGAGCACAAAAAGCAAACCACCAAAGCAAACUAAAAAUAUAAAGAGAUUCGAAAAUAUUACAAAUAGAACCAAUAAGUCAUAUCAAGACAAAAGGCAAUCGGUCGGGCAAGCGGAUUCUGCGGAUAAAUUUUUAAACAAUCUGAAGUUUAAAAAUUUUGGAAAAUCAGUCCUUUUUAAAAAGCAUAUACAGCAUAUUAGAUCACCUAGCAUAGGUAUUUUCAAGGACAUUGUGUCUGACGACGAUGAUUAUUCACUGAUAUCGGAAGAAGAUAUUUCGCUAAAAGAAGAGGUACUGAGACGCAUCAGUGAGCCAUCAUACGGAAUAGGCACUUUGACCAACAUAUCCACCAUAUCCUGGCUCCCAAAAUUAGUCUCGGAACUUGUCAAUCCCGUAGAACUGUAUCAGUUUGAUCCCAUUGACUUAGAGGCGUACAGGGAUCAUUUUCUAUCCUUGCAUUCCCUUAAACCUGAAGAUUUCAGAAGCUCAUGGACCAAAAUUCCUUGGCCAAAGCCUUCUAAACCCAGGAAAAGAAAUGUAAAGAGAGAAGAUCUUAAAAGUUUAUUUCAAAAAGAACGUCCUCUUGCCAGGAAAGGGCAUAAAUCUAUUAAAGCUGCUACGUUGCCUGUGAAACGCUUUAAAUACCACUCUUUACCCUUUGAAAUGUGGCAGAGAAAACGUAAGAGAUCGAAAAAAACCGUGCCCAGUCAGACAAAAGUCGUCCAAAAUAGGUGUGAAUUGUGUUAUUUUUGCCGACCAAGCAGCCAGCCCGAUGAACCAUUUAUGAUAGAGAUGAAAAUGCGUAGGGAUCGUGAAGCGCUGCAGCAAUAUUACCUUAAUAUGGACAAAAGGAACCAGGAAUCAGGUUCUACUACUUUUUCCGAUUCGAAACAGAGUGUUAAGGGCUCUAAGCCUCCUGCAAAUAAGUUAAAUUGCAGUUCAAAUCUUGGCAAGAUGCGUCUUCAAUUGGAGAAAUGUCUGGCGAUUCUGAAUAUUUGUGGUCUCCUUGUUGAUGUGCGUUUGCGACUUUUGAGAUGUAAAAGAGAGAACAGAGCUUGUCGCAGUGGUGUUGGUACCGGUCCUGAACCAAAUUAGUCCUGAACUGAGUUGGAUCAGGACCUCCAAGACGACUGAACACAAAAUAGUGUGUGGGUUUUUAUUUACAUACAUUUUAUCAUUGG